UUAUGAUUCUUACCAGUCAGUGUUAAUUUGAAGGUUCCAGCAGCUAUUUGCAGUUCAAACUUGCCGUAAUCAACAUCUAAUUCGGAGACAAUGGCGCUAGUCUGUGUUGAAGAUUAUGAAAAAGAAGCGCUUCGUAGCAUUCCAAAGAACGCCCUGGACUAUUACCGAAGUGGUGCGGGAAAUGAGUUUUCACUGUCUCUGAACGUUGAGGCAUUUAAAAGAUGGCGAAUUCUACCGAGAUUCCUCCGCGAUGUCGGCGGAGUGAACACGGCCUGUAAUGUACUUGGCUGCAGACUAAGUACCCCUAUCGGCGUAGCCCCAACAGCUAUGCAAAGGAUGGCUCACGAUGAUGGGGAAAUUGGCAAUGCUCUUUCCGCUGGUAAAAUUGGUGGCAUUUUUAUCUUGAGUACCCUAUCGACAACGCCAUUAGAGGAAGUAGCUGCAGCAGCACCAAAUACGAUAAAAUGGUUUCAGCUAUAUAUUUACAAAGACCGAUCGUUGACAGAAUCUAUGGUACGGCGCGCUGAAAAAGCUGGAUAUAAGGCGAUUGUUUUAACGAUUGAUGCUCCCUACUUUGGUGCUAGACGAGCUGAUGCCAGGAAUAAGUUCAAAUUACCACCUCACUUAGGAUUGUUAAAUUUCCAAGGAGAUCAAGCCAACAGCGUAAAAAGCAUGGAAGGAUCCUCUGGUAUUAACGAAUAUGUGACUAGACAAUUUGACCCAGCCAUUACUUGGACAGAUGUUAGCUGGCUAGUAAAGUUUACUAAAUUACCAGUGGUUGUAAAAGGAGUACUCACCAGAGAAGAUGCCCUUUUGGCUCGAAAUUGUGGCUGUAAAGGUAUAAUCGUCUCAAAUCAUGGAGCACGACAACUAGAUAGCGUUCCAGCCUCAAUUGAAGUCCUCCCUACUAUUGUUGACGCUGUUGGAAAUGAUAUGACAAUAAUGUUGGACGGAGGUGUUAGACAAGGGACAGAUGUCUUCAAAGCGCUGGCCCUGGGGGCGAAGGCAGUGUUUAUGGGGCGCCCAUUGGUUUGGGGAUUGGCAGUUAAUGGUCAGAAAGGUGCUGAACAUGUCCUAGAAUUGGUUCAACGGGAUUUGGAACUGACUAUGAAACUUUCAGGUUGUGUCAAUAUCAGCGAUAUAACUCAAGAAUACGUUGCACAUGAAUCUCAAUUUUCAAAACUUUGAACUGGAAUGUUGUUAGUAGGAGAUUAAUAAAGUUAACCAGAACAGAAGAAAAAUUGCAAAUAUAGUACUGAAAACCAAA